GGAACAGCGGCAGAGAAAGAUGGCGUUACAUGAGGGUACACAGCGGUAAACUGUCGCCAAUUUUACGAUUAUUUGUACUUUUUUUCGGGGGGGGGGGGGCGGGGGUGCGGGUCUGUUUUGCGCGUUAACAAUAAGGACCGCACUCCGGAGAGCGCCUUUCACUCAAUGGGAUUUAUAUUUAGCUCAGUAAGGGACGGCGGUAAGUGACGACUGCGAGUCCCGUUCUAACCAUUCAAUCCCCAAAAACUUGUUCAUUUGGCGGUGCGCGUCAUCUGGCUAUGUGCUGCUAGUAGUGAGGGCGCUGUGUGAGUGUAUGUGUGUGUGUGUGUGGAUAAGAGACGAGCACAAAUUUAUCUCCAGCUCCGGGAGAGGGAAAGAUGAUGGCCGGUGGUGGCGAAGCAGCAAUGGACCACAACGGGAUAUACUCAACCGCUAACCUCCACAAUCUGCCACACAACCUGCAGCAGAGCCACAUGGAGGCGGACAACUCGGACUCCCGUAAACGGCCGCUGGAAACUCCGGCGGAGGAGGCCGGCUGUACCAAGCGCACCAACACUGGAGAGGAGGGCGAAUACUUCCUGAAGGUGCUGAUUCCCAGCUAUGCAGCCGGCUCUAUAAUUGGCAAGGGCGGCCAGACCAUUGUACAACUGCAGAAAGAGACGGGUGCCACCAUUAAGCUGUCGAAAUCCAAAGAUUUCUACCCAGGAACAACAGAGCGCGUCUGCCUGAUACAGGGUACUGUUGAAGCCCUCAAUGGUGUCCACAACUUCAUCGCAGAGAAAGUCCGAGAGAUGCCCCAGAGUGCUCAGAAGCCAGAACCUGUCAGCAUACUGCAGCCACAGACCACGGUCAACCCUGACCGUAUCAAGCAGGCCAAACUGAUUGUGCCCAACAGCACCGCUGGUCUGAUUAUUGGCAAGGGAGGAGCCACAGUGAAAGCAGUGAUGGAGCAGUCAGGUGCUUGGGUGCAGCUCUCCCAGAAACCGGAGGGCAUCAACCUGCAGGAGCGAGUGGUAACAAUCAGUGGUGAGCCCGAGCAGAACCGUAAGGCAGUGGAAAUCAUAGUUCAAAAAAUCCAGGAGGACCCUCAGAGCAGCAGCUGCCUCAACAUCAGUUAUUCAAACGUCUCCGGCCCAGUUGCUAACUCCAACCCCACCGGAUCCCCCUACGCCAACACGGCCGAGGUGCUGCCUAAUGCGGCUGCGGCGGCUGCCACUGCCUCCAGCCUUCUGGGCCAGGCGGGCUUGACAGGAAUGGGUGCCUUCCCUGCUGCCAUGUCUAGCUUCUCUGGCAACGACCUCCUGGCCAUCACGUCAGCCCUCAACACGCUGGCCAGCUAUGGCUACAAUACCAACACCUUGGGCCUGGGCCUUAACCCCGCAGCAGCCUCUGGUGUCCUUGCCGCAGUAGCGGCGAGUGCCAACCCGGCGGCCGCCGCCGCAGCUAACCUCUUAGCCUCCUAUGCUAGCGACGCCUCCAGCAGUGCUGGCCACCCGGCGACGGGGCUUGGCGGCUUCUCCCUCGGUUCUCUCGCAGCUGCUACAGGUGCUUCCAAUGGUUACCUAAACGCUUCAUCUCCACUGAUGGCCUCCUCCCUAUUAGCAACAGAGAAGCUCGCUGACGGAGCCAAGGACGUGGUUGAAAUUGCCGUACCCGAGAAUCUGGUUGGUGCAAUUUUGGGAAAAGGAGGAAAAACGCUGGUGGAGUACCAGGAGCUAACAGGAGCCCGCAUCCAGAUCUCCAAAAAGGGGGAGUUCAUUCCUGGUACUCGGAACCGUAAAGUCACCAUAACAGGGUCGCCAGCAGCUACACAAGCAGCGCAGUAUCUUAUCAGCCAGCGGAUCACCUAUGAGCAGGGCGUGCGUGCUACCAAUCCGCAAAAAGUGGGUUAAGAGGAAAAGAGAGAAAGAAAGGAAGGAAAGGAAAAGAUGAGGACAGAGCUAGAGGGGAAUUCUAGAGUGUCACAAUGAGGAAGAAAUAGAAACGUCCAAAUAUUUCUUUAAUAUUUCCGAAUCAAAUGAGAGGAUCAAACAGGAGGAGGAGAGGGGGGAGACACCGAAGACAAGUGUGUGUGAUUUUUUUUUUUAAUAUGUUUUAGGACUGAUGUGGUCCCUGAUGUUUUUUAAAAGUUUGUGUCGAGUCCUUUCUGAUGAUGGUGAUCAGAGUAAGCUGAACUGGUCCACUGCCAAGCUGAAGAUUCAAGGGUGAGGCGUAUGGUUUCACCUUCCUCUGAAACCUCAUUGCUGAUUUACUUUCCUUUGAGUUUUUUUUUUUAAUCUUGUUUCAAUGGUUUUGAUGUCAGUUGCAGACCUCAGCUCCCGGUGAGUUGAAUGUGUCCAGUGAAGUUCGAGCCAACUAAUGGGGCUGUUUCACAAAUUUUUCUCUUUGUAUACAUUGCAGAAAGCACUGUUUAUGGGCGAUGGGCGGAGCCAUUUAACAACAAGCACCUGAGGCCACCUCAGUUUACGGGAAGCAAAUAAUUUACUUAAUACCUACGUUGGCGUUGGUUGAAACCUUAUAUUGGAAUUGAAAUUUCAAAGAUUUUUUUUUUUUACCUCCGUUAUUUAUGACUAUGAUCGGAUUCAAUUUAAAAAUAUAUAUAUUCAAACCUGUGAAUGCAGGUUGAUCUGAAUGUAACAAAAAAAAACAUAUUUGCCUAUUGAUAUUUUUUAUUUACCAGGGAUCAAAUGUUUUGCAGUGAAAGAAAUGUACAAGUCAAGCCCCAGUCUGAACUUCACAGGUGCAGUCUGCGAGUAUAGUUCAGGGGCUCAAUAAUCCACGUGAGAGGACAGAGGAGACACACAGGAAUGUAUCAAUAUAUUGAACACGAAAACACAUAGCGAACACUCCCAUAAAUGCACAAACAUUGAAAUACAGUCGAUCCAGUCAUGGCAACAAACACCCCGAAGUAGGUUCUUGUUUAACCCUUUAUUGGUGCUACCGGUAGCGAAAUGACAGUACGUUCCCGAUUAUGACCCGCUCCCGCUUGGCUGAUUUAUGGCCCAGCCGUGAGUAGCUCAGAAGAUGCGAGACAUGCCGUAACGCGAUGAGAAGCGUUGGCGUCAGUUUUGCGAUCCAGUCUUAAUGUCUCAGGCCUAUCCGGUGUCCUCUUCUCAAAAUUGGCUGCGGCCAAAAUAUGGCUGACGGCGGUUUGCCUUAUUGUCAUAUGCGCAUCUCUCAAGAAUGAACGGAUAUAUCCGACUCGCGCUCAAGUUGGAAGCCGCAUGUCCCCUGUUCAGUGCGAAAGGAACCAAAAGCACUACCAAACAGCAUUUUGAUCAGAAUGCUGUCCCGAUCGUUUAUCUGUGAACAAACAAACGAUUGCCUUUACGACAAGGGUACCAAAUAUUCUUCAGAGGCAUCCUCGAAUGAAAGGAAAGUAGAGCGACACUUGAAAAGAAGGCUCGGUCACAGUUUUCCGUGUGAGCCAUCUUUCUCAAUUUGCAUCCAAACGAUUUUUUCAGUUCAUCCGGGCCGCCUUUUAUCGCUCCCAAAACGCCUGACUCGCCACUAACUUUUGGGCGGAUAUGUAAUGAAACCUAAAUAUUUUGGAAUCGCUGUCUUUCGUGGAUAUUAGUGAAUCGAAAGUGGGGGGGCCAACUAUUUAGAGCAUUUCUAAGCACUAAAAGUACCUUGGCCUCCCUCUGCGCUGCUAGCCAUUGUGUUCAUCUUGAGUACUCUUGGUCGAGGAAGACUGCACUGUGAGACAUUAAGAACACAAUGUGAAGCUUGCCUGUCACUUCUGGGAUGCGUGUGAGUGUGUGAGUGCGUAUUUUCACGUGCACAUCUAUCUUCCACAGACAAGAGAUGGCAACACUGACCAAGCGGGACUAUCUCCAUAAAAGCAUUUAUCUUCCAAAUGUGUCAUGAAGACCGUCAGCACAAGCACAUUUGCUCUUAAAAUUCGAGGACGCGUUGUCAUCGGCACACGUAUGUGUUUCUUCUCCCAAAUUAUGUCACAUCUGAAACAUGCACACACAUGCACACACACACACACACCCUCCAUUAGGGCAUCUUCCAAUCGUCCCCUUUGAUCGAAAUGACUAUGAUCAGCUGCGUGGCCACACCGCCGUGAGAGGUUUGUCCACACAGCUGAGUCGUAUACAAGAAAGAACAAAACCUUGGACCCCCGAGUGUUGUCCCUCCACUUUUUCACAGUAAUUCAUAGCAUUUCCCGAAAGCCAAUUGGAUUGUCUGUGUGAAUAUUUUCUUUGUCCAUUGCCACAGUGAGGCCUCUCUUUUUCCUGGAUGACUCCAAAGUCCUUCAGUACCAAUCUGGCUACAUGUGAAAUUAUUGAGUAGAAUGUUGUACUGCCCGGUGUUUUAGCCUAUCGUGAAAUACAAGCACAAAACAGGGGGGGUUGGCAACGCAACUGGACUGCUUCAUUGCAGGGAGCUAUUUUUCAAACCUCUGGGCAAAACAGUGCCAAAUACUACUUUCUCUAUCUCUCUCUCUGCACCUCAGUAACUUUCCUCUUUCACUCAACAUUUUAUCCCCCAAACCUCCCCCCGCCCUGCAUGUCGCCGUUUGUCAUCAUUCUUAGGUUGCACCUGUGACCGAAUAGCUCUCUGUGCUUUAUCCUCCUGUACAGUACACUGUGCUCUCUCUCUCUCUCUCUCUCUCUCUCUCUCUCUCUCUCUCCCUCUCUCCCUUUUCCUGUCUCGUCUUCUCAUGAGCGGUGUUGGGUGUGCUGCUGGUGGGAGUUAUGCACUAAGUCGAAGGGUAAUAAAACUUCGUUUUACCAGGCUGCAGAGCUGAGAAAGGCUUAAAAAUGCACAGAAUACACCCGCCUCCAAAACUGUGACACCCACUCCUAGACCCAACCAGCAAUUUUAUUUCAAUGUGUCCAAUUCAGUCUAGAAACAAGAACGAGUCAGAUUUGGGAAGAAAAGGGGGAAAAAAAUGUGGGAAAAAAUGACUUUUUUUCCCCCAGAUGAGAGCAGAUCUUGGUUAAGAAUUCAUGAAUAUUCAUAUGUCAGCCAUUACAUGUCACAGCCUCGUAACAAAACAAACAGAAGGCGCAAGUUAUAUCAAAAGCACGUUUUUGGGGAACUUGUUUGUGACCUCAAAGCCGAAACAAUGACAUCCUUUAUGCAUAUCCUCUGAUCUGAAAAUGACGAGAAUUCAUUUCUGUGGAAUACAAUAUGUCACGUCAUAUGAUCUAUAUGUACAUUAUUGUAGCUAUUCUAGUUUGUAGUCUAAAUGCAGUCCAGCGUUGUCGAUACAAUGUGAACUAUGUUAUACUUGUGCGGAUGAUGAGAGUGCCAACUACGCCUGAUUAAGAUUAGCUUUGCGAUUUGUUUGUGCAUUAUGAUGACUCAUCAACCGGUGGUGUCCAUAUUUCUGUCACGGAUUAUUUAGUUUGACAGUUAAGAAAAUGUAAAGAAUAUUGGAAGCAAUAUAGUAGCAUGUUGUCCUGUUUUUGUGUUUUAUGUCCGUUGUAUGAACCUUUGAAGUUACAAAAAAUUUUUUGAAUGAAUAGGUUUACAUGUACUACUUUUUUUUUUUUUGUAAAUUAUGAAGAUGCUGCUAUUUGAUAAGUCGACUAUACAAAAAAAAAUAUUUUAGUUGAAAAGAUGUCUGGUCAGUUGAUUAGAAACGUGCUCCUUAUGAUGCGGGGAGCAUCCAAUGAGGUGUACAAGAUGCGACGCGGUAUUGAUCAGAUCGUAAAAGUAAUAAUAGACUUCAUAGUACAACCUGUGCCAAACUAGACCUCCCGCAGCUUUCUGAAAUUGUAGGUGUGCGAUCAAUUGUUAGAUAUCAUAGAUACAAUAACUUGUUUAGAAGUGCUGAUCAAGUGCCAACCAAACGCUGUCUUUUUAAGUUGAGAAAAAGAUAAUCAAACACAUGAUGUAAGAAAACAAAAGGACAAAGAAACUGUCUGUGCAUCGUUUUUAUAUCCCAUAGGUACAUAGAAUAAGAGGAAAAAGAUUGUGAUUUUUUUUAAUGGAUCCAUGUUGUUUUUACACGCCAUGCAUCCCUUGUGUGUUUGUUUGACCUGUGGCUUAAGUACUGCUGUUUAUUUUUUUUCACAAUGUCUCUUAUUGGCCAGCAUGGACUUUAAGCAUUACAUAUGAUAAGCAUUCAUAACAUAGCCAUUAUUAACAAUCAAAAAUGUGUUGUGGAGUUAGGUGUUAUCUUUUUGCACGUCUUCUAAUGCAUGGUAUCAAGGACAAUUUUUGGAGAAGAAAAAAAAAGAAAGAAAAAAAACCCAGUUCGGAAAAAUUUACGAGGUGACUCGUACGUAACAUUCAGAACAUUGCAUGUGGUCCAAAGUAGAGCACUUAAGUUUACUCGCCUCAUGUUUCUAAAAGUUGUGUUUUUUCGUGUUGUGAUUUGGAAAGGAGUUUGUUCUUGUCAUGUUGGCCCAGAAAAAAAAACAGCACUGACACAGCACCCAUAUCUCAGAUUAAAGUUGAUAUCUCCAGACAUGUUUUAUAGGUUCAGGAAAAAAGCAAAACAAGCAAACUUGAAACUGUAACCGGCUCCUUGUUUUGUCUUUUUUUUUUCAAGAUAUCAGACACACAUAGAAAGUAGACACAUUUAUUUAACAAACGGGUUGAACCUCAUAUAACCUGUCACUUUUUUUUCAUUGGUUCUGUCACAGCUUGAAAGCCUACUUCGAAAAUCGAUGAAUGUAACCAUUACUUUGUAUUUUAUUUUUACCAGUCUUUAAUGUAAAAAACAAAAACAAAAAAAACUAACAAAAAACAUCAGGGCAGGAAUGUCACAAACAUGUAGAGUUAAUAUCUAUGUCAGAUUUCAGCUAUAGUCAGGUAGGCCUCUCACGGCCAUUGUCAUUAACCAGAUACGUUUGACCCCAAUAUCGAAUCCACUGUUAACAUGAUCUUGUUUGUUUGAUGAUGCAUAAUUGCACUUUACUGAUUCUUCGAUCAUAGUAGGUGUGAAAAUGAAGCAAACUGGUUUUUUUUUUGGUUUGUUUUUUUCCCCCCAUUUUUUUGUUUUAUUCUGAUGUACUUUGUUAUUUAUUCAUCCUGUCGGGCAAAUGAUGGAAAAGGGCUGGAGUAUCCGACAAAAAAAAAAAAUUGAGAAGUGAGCCCUGUUGUUUCUUCCUUCAAAAGCAUUGUCCUCCACAUUCCCUUCGGCAGAAGUUUGUACCAAUCACUGAGACGCUUUGUUUUGAGCUAACAUGCGAGAGAGACUACGAGGGAGCUACGCUUUUUUUUGUCUUUUUCUAUCUAUCCUUUUGUUGAGGGUGUCUUUAAAAAUGAGAAAAACCACAAAAUUUGUCGAGCCGGUUCUCUCUCUUGGGAGAUAAAGGCACAAACGGAACACGUACAGUCAGGUGUGAGAGGCAUAACCAGCACCAGCAAAAUGAUGAUUCUCUCUGCGACCUCAACAUGAUUAAAAAAAAAAAUGGAGGAAAACAAUUUGAUGGAGAACGCCGAAGUCCGAGUUCCAUGAGUUAUAUUGGUGUGUCGGUUCUCUUAGGCUUCCAGCCCUCACGACUGUAUCGCAUUUCCUGCUCUAUAUCUGAAUGCCAAAAUGCAUUACUGUCUCAUUCCCCCCCCAAAAAAAAGUAUAUUCACUCCACAUGUGUUCCGGACAUUCGUUGGCCUCCAAAGGAGCCCUUUUCAACGAGAAGGCUAUACGACGGCUAAACACGACGGACUGACUAAAGGCUGCUUUGCCCCAACUUACCAGCGCCUCUGUGUGUCAAACAGCCGACACGAUAUCACUGGUUUGCAUUUCCGUUUGAAGAGCACCUAAUACGGUGCUCGCCCUUUAAAUGGCUUAAAAAAAGUAUUUCUGACAACUUUCAUCUGAGAAAAGAAGAUUCUUGUCACUCAACCGUGGCCGUUUUUUUGGGGGGGGGGUUGUUUAUUUUUUUUUUUGACCCUCGUAAUCUCCCAUGAACUUGGUUGACUUCUUCAUCCCCCAAGAACUCACGUCCAUGUUGGAUAUGUUUCAACAUGUAUCCUGUUAAACAAGUAUAAAUUGUGUUUCUUUUCUGAUUCUUUGGCUAAUGUGCAGGGUUGAACACUUGCUGAGGAAGUGUACACCGAAGGGAGCGUGCUGGUACAUUACAACAUGUUCAUGACAUUGUAAUAAAAUUUUUUCCUCUUUUUUGGGGGGGGGGUGUUUAAAACUUCAGUUUUACCUCAGUUACAUCUCAGAGAAAAAAUGGACUGACAGCAUACACGCUAAAAAACAAA